GAGAGGAGUUGCCUCUUUCUUCGAGACAUCACAUCCAGUUGGCCCCAGUGGCUCUUUAUCCUGAUGCUGGAAAGCAUUUGGCUGGGCUUGACAUUCUUCUUGCCAGUUCCUGGGUGCCCUAUUGGUUAUCUUGGCCCUGGUGGCAUUGGGGAUUUUGGAAAGUAUCCAAACUGCACUGGAGGAGCUGCUGGCUACAUUGACCGCUGGCUUCUGGGAGAUGAUCACCUCUACCACCACCCUUCAUCUGCCUUGCUUUAUCACAGUGAGGUGGCCUAUGACCCAGAGGGUAUCCUGGGGACCAUCAACUCCAUUGUGAUGACGUUUUAAGGAGUUCAGGCAGGAAAAAUCCUAUUAUAUUACAGGGAUCGAACCAAAGACAUUCUGAUGAGAUUCACUGCCUGGUGUUUUAUUCUCGGGCUUAUUUCUGCUGCUUUGACCAAAAUUUCUGAAAAUGAAGGGUUUAUUCCAGUAAACAAGAAUCUCUGGUCUCUUUCAUACGUCACCACACUCAGCUCUUUUGCCUUCUUCAUUCUGCUGGUCCUGUACCCAGUUGUGGAUGCGAGGGGACUGUGGACAGGAGCUCCAUUCUUUUAUCCAGGGAUGAAUUCCAUUCUGGUAUAUGUCGGCCAUGAGGUCUUUGAGAACUACUUCCCCUUCCAGUGGAAGCUGAAGGACACCCAGUCACACCGAGAACAUCUGACUCAAAACCUCAUCGCCACUGCCCUCUGGGUGCUCAUUGCCUACAUCCUCUACCGAAAGAAGAUUUUUUGGAAGAUCUGACAGUUCCUGCCAACGUGUUGCUGGAAGACUCUAGUGGACCUAUGGGGGAGUCGUAAAGCACCUUAACUGAAGGGAAGCAUUAAUUAUGAAAUCAAUAGAUUGUUUGUGGACAGAGUAUUGGGGAGGCAUUGCUUUGCUCACAGUAGCUGAUUGUGACACGGCCAUCAGAGCUUUGCCUGCAUAUUUGUGACUUUUAUCUUUGAAGUGAAAUGGACUUUUUUUCUCCAUCUUUUAUGGAAUUGGAUGUAUUUGGAACUUCAUUCUGAGGAGAUCAACUUUAGCUUUCCAAAAGGGAAUUACCAUGGGUGUUUUUCUUCUGUGACAGAGAAAACCAUCUAAGGUCUGAUUCUUACUAAUCUUGUUUUCCUGCAAGCUGCCUUUCCUUGUGCACACAUGUAACAGCAAAAAGUGCCAGCGUUCCUAUAGUGACUGACUAUAGAGCAUACUGAAUGUGAUGUAUCAUAUAGUCUAAUGUAUUUUGAUUAAGAACAGUUUAAUGUAUUGUUAUUUUGAUUAAGAAAGCCAAAGUAGUUAUCUUUCAGAUCUGCAAGUCUUUGAUGGGUUCAAGAGAUGUUUAUUAGAAACUAUUUUCUCCUUUUUCUCACUUGAAAAAAAAAGUUAAAAUAUAGAUGUUUUAUUUCUAACCUCUCUUGCCUCAGUCAGUCAGUCAAUGAAUCUGUGUAUCUGUCUGUCUUCCUAGCUUUCUUUUAUGUGAAAGAGCAGGAUUUAUUGAGAAGACAGAAAAGCUCCCACAGGGGGAGGGUACCUAAGAGUGUUGCCCUGUCGUCCUGUCUUUCUUCCCCCAUUUCUCGUGUGUCUGUAUCUGAUGGCAACCAGGAACCCAGGAUGCAGCUGUGGCCCUGCCGUUGCUUAUAGGUCCAACUUUGCCAUUUGUGCUGUGUAAGCUGCUGGGUGAGUCCUUUGACCACUGGGGCCUUGAUUUCCUCACAAUGAAAUGAGAGAGAUAGAAUUGACCUCUUGAUUCCCUUUCUACUCUGGAUGCUGUGAGGUAAGGUACAUCGUUAGCUUUUCAGAAAAGAUAAUUUAAUUACACAAAGCUCUUCAAAAUAAAUGCCAAAACGUUAAAAUAAACUCUCAUUGGAGUAAAUAUUUUAAAAGUAUCCCUCUACAAUAGAGGCACCUUUCCUACUUGGCAAACACAAACCGAAGAGAUCAUUUCCUAGGAGUGAAUGUAAAGGACACACAACAGAGAAGCAGCACUUUUCGCAUGAUGCAUCAUCAUACUUCAGAGUGUUCAGUGAGGAUUCCAGAAUUAAGGAAAAUGUGGAAAUAAGCUUGUACUUUUGAAUGCCCUUCUGUGGUGAGAUAAGACCACCUCCGCCUCAACUUUACCACUGCAUCUACGUCCUGGUCUGUUGCUUCAACUUUACCACUGCAUCUGCUUCCUGGUCUGUCUUUCUGACUCUUACCUCCACCCCUUCUCCACUUGUAACUAUUUGCUGGCCCCACCCCUGGUGGUAGCAUCAUAGGCUCACUGCAUCCCUCCUGCUAACACUCAAACCUGUGCCUCUUUAGAUUGUCCUAGCUCUGUGAAUAGACCAUUCUGUCUUUGGAUAUAAAACUGCCAUCAUCUUUCCACCCAGCGUUGCUUCCACUCUCCUCCUUGUCCAUGUUCAGUCAUUGCCGAAUCUUGGCAGUUCUGUCUCCACCCUCCCCCUGUAAUGUCUUCGUUCUCAUUAUCACUUCCUCAUUACUCGAGUCCCAACUCUCAAAGUUAUUUUUAAACUGACCUCCUUUCUCUCAGCCCGUCCUCCCAUAAAGCCACUUGUACAUUGCCACCCGUUCAAGCUUUCUGAAGUAGAGUUUGGGUCUGCUCACCUCUCUUUAAGGAACUUCCAUUGCAAUGGAGGCAUCUUUGCCUGGCAUAUGUGGCCACCUUUCUGUCCUGAUACCGAUGGUUCUUUACAACCUUCUUUUCCAUCUGUCUCACCCACGCUCUUAUUCCAACCCAGGUAGAUAUCCCCUUACCUCCAACUACAAAGCCAGAACCUCCUCUUCUGAUUUCAGUCAGAGUUUUUCUGGAUUACCUUCUCCUCUUAAUUUUUUUUCUGACUGCAUUUGAUCUGUCGUGUUUAAGCCCUCAACUUAUAAGUUAUCUUCUCUAAUCUCUUAUUCUCAUCUUAAAGUUGUAUUUUCUUCUUCGUCUUGUUGGUAUCAAUCUCAUGGCACUUAGUGCUUUCUGCCUUGUGUGGUCGUUAUUAGUGUAUAUAUGCAACUUCUGAUUUCCCAUGCUAGACUGUGAGUUCCUGAGGGCAGGAGCCUUGUUCAUCUGUGUGUUCUUCAUGGUGCCACUCACAGUGCCUUGUACAUACUGAGUGCUAAAUAAACUUUUUUAAAGCAAA